CGGGUCUAGAGGCCUAUUGAUGGUGUUUUGUUCGCUUGACAGCCCCUUUGUGUUGCUUUUUCAUCACCUGCAUUUUCACGAAUUUUCGCGCAUUUGCAGGUGGUUAGAGUGUGGAAAAAGUUGUGAAAAUCCUCCCUAAAGACAUGUAGUAUCUGACUAAAGUGAAAAUUGUGAAAAUAUCGUGAUGGAUUUGGAGAAUAAUAACAAAAUUCAAGGACUCUCAACCGUUGAGGCACUAACGCGACUCCGGGAAGAAAUUGAGGGUAUCCUGAGGGUGUACGAGGGCAAAUUUGCCACAAAAAGAUGGACUGAGAAACUUCGUGCCAGCUUCAAUGCACAAACUCCCUUGCAUUCCUUUGCCAUUUUCACCUCUUCCCUUGCCAUUGUCCUCCUCCUGAUCUCACAGCAUAUCCUGGCAGCUUUGAUUGUUCUCAGCCUCCUCAUCUUUAACAUAUGGCUCGUGAUCCGUGAGAACAAUCUCAAGCGUUCGGAGAUGUACAGGAAAAUUGCUGAUGUUUCAGGAGUCCUCAAACUGGCAACUUCUGUCUGCCACAAAUGGACUCCAGCCAACUAUCCUCAUCUCUGUUCCCCCCUCUCCCCUUGCGUGACCCUCCAAUGUGCCGUGCGUGACGGUAAAGUCGUCAAUCUUCCCUGGGCACUGCUCGUACGUGGAGAUCACAUCAUCCUCCGUCCUGGCCAGGUGGCGCCCGGAAAGUGUCGGGAAGUCAAUGGGGCGCGUACAUUUGGCUCUGGCGAAACCUACACGCAAACCGAAGGCACAGAUCCUCCCGUUGUUCCCACCCAAAGAUCCCCCUUGCCCGAUCUCACGUGCAUCCUCGAGGCGACACCCUUUCUGGACAACCUCCGGACCACCCUGGAGAAGUUCCUCAAUCGCCCAGAGACCAUUUUCAACCAACAGAGACACUUGUUGGUGACCGUGUUCAUUCAACUGUGGGGCUUCUUGGGGGUGAUUCUGGUGACGUGGAUCUUCGCUGUUCUCAACUACAAUGGUCACCUGUUUGCGGAUUCGCGUAUCACGUGGGUGGCGGCCUUCAUUGAGAAUGCCGUUUGUGCCGUGAUGCCCACCCUUCCCCUCACUUUUCCCGCCAUGUGGCUACUCCUCAAUCUCUGGGGUGUGGCGAAGUUGGAGACCCUUCUGUCCAUACCACGGCCCUUCCAGGAGAAAUCCAGUCCAAGUGAAUUCCAUGCUGAUCUGGAUAAUUCUCCGGUGGUCGAUUGGGCUAAUCUGGUGCUUCCGUGGCGAACUAAAGUUGGCAAUUGGAUCAAUUUGAUUCAGGGAGAUGCAUCAGUUUUGGGCAGAAGUUCCAAUGUGGUGCAGAUUCUGGGCACAAUGACAGCUCUGUGCUGUGUGGACAAGAAGGGAAUCCUGUCAUGGCCAAAUCCCACAGCUGAGAAGGUGUUUUUCCUGAGGGAUCCCAAGGAUAAGCAAAGUGCUCACUCUAGCUCCACGAGCUUCGAGUCACAGCAAAAUGAACAGAGACCUCAGAAGGAGAAGAGUGUGGCUGAAGUGCUGGAUCUCACGCACGAUCAGCAUAGCCCUUUCAAAUUGGAAUUUGACUGCCAAGAGUGGAGGGAUCAUCUGGACUCUCUAAAGCCCUUAGGACUUGCCAUCCUCGUGAACACUUGCUGUCCACUUACUCAAGCCUACUACGCUCAAUUUUGUGGGCAUGUAACGGCUGUGGCGCUGUUUGACAAAGAUUUGGUGCCUGUCACCAAUCGGUAUGAGAUUGUUGAGUCGAGUUUGAAUAGUUUUAUGCAUGGUCGAUGUCUCUGUGGACUCUCAACGAGGAUUGGAUUUAAGAAGAGAGCCAGAGAUGUUUUUACGUUGGAGGGGAAAAUUGCCAGCUAUCGGCAUUUGCCUGAAGGAAAUUUCCGGGCAUUUAUCUUGCAGGAACCGGAUGUUGUGCGUCGUGACACGAGAUUUACGCGAUCCCUGGAGCUCGCGUCCAAAGUCAAAGUACCCUUCCCGCAUUCCCUUUCAGUCGUGAUGCGUCAGCAUCGGGAUAAGUCCCUGCAGUUGCUGACGCAGGGCACAGCUGACAUCAUCCUGGAUUGCUGCGAUGACUAUUGGGAUGGGAAGGAUCUGAGGCCAUUGGGGGAGCAGGAGAGGAAGAGAGCUCAAGACUUUUACCAGAGAAACGCUUUAACUGCCUACUGCACGGCAUUUUCCUACCGACCUCUGCGCAGGGGCAUCAUGGGACCUUUGUCAGGGACGACGUCAAAUGUGGCUUACAUGGAACUACCUCCGGAGUCAAUUUACAAAAUGAGCCACAUUGAUCCGUCAAAGUGCGAACAUGUGGAUACGGCUGAGGAGAAACUGAAGGGGACCCCAAGCCUGGAUUCUGUCAACUAUACAGAUCCAAAGGCUGAAAAUGUGCAGGACGUGGAGGGAUGUUUUGAAAUGGAGUGCCAUCAGAUUUUCAUUGGGAUGGUGACAAUGCAGUAUCAGGCACAAAUGGAUAUUGUGCAUCUGAUUGAGAGGUUGGACAGAGCGUGCAUUCGGUUUGUUCACUUCUCCAAGGAGAAUGAAUUGCGUUCUCGUGUUUUUUCGGAGAAGAUGGGCCUGGAAUCCGGUUGGAAUUGUCACAUUUCCCUCCUCAGUGGAGUCCAGGAGGAACAGCAAUUGGACAAUGACGGGCAAAAGGGGUCAGAUGUUGAGGAUUUUGACAAUGAGAAGAGUCUGUUGCUGGGAAAGGGGGAAGUCCAGAAGGAUGGCAGCUCUGCUCUGGGAUCUGUGUCCAAUUUGGAAUUGCCAGAUAGUGAAGCUGUCGAGGAGUCCAUUAAAUUAGAAAUGAUGGAUGAAACAGGGAGACAUUUGUCAAAUGACUCAACGCUGGCCUGCGACAAUCAGGGCAAUCCUACUCAAUCCCUGAGUUGCCUGACCGAUUCCACUGAGCACAGUGGUCCGGCUGUUCUGUGGAAUACGAACAAGGCAAAACUUCCACGAGGAAUUGAGAACAUUCGACCGCAUUUGGAGAAGGUGGACAAUGUUCCACUCUUGGUAUCUCUCUUUACGGAUUGUUCGGCCGAUGCCACACGAGAGAUGCUGGGAAUUAUGCAGUCGUAUGGGGAGAUUGUUGUGUGCCUGGGAUCAUCGGCAAAUGCCACAAAUGCUGAGAUUUUUCUUCAGGCUGACUGCAGUAUUGGCAUUGAGCCAUUCUAUCCGCAGGUUUGUCAAGACUUUCCGGCGUACGUGGAGACAAAUCUGGUGAGUCAGAGUACAGGGAGUUACAAGAGUCGUCUGGCCAAAUGGUUGCCACCGAAGCAGUACAAUAGAAAUGCCGUGAUCUCGCCAAUUUACCUCAGUCGAUUGCUAAAUUCACUUCCGUGCUCAAUAGCCAUUUCCAGGGAUGAUCCUCUGUCGAUUGUGGCACUAAUUGAGCUGUCACGACGUGUGACUGUUGGAGUGUGGAAUUGUCUGCAAUUCCUCAUGUGUUGCCUCUGUUCCUUGGCUGUGGUGAACACACUUAGUGCUUUUGUCAGUCUCCAACCAAUUUUUCCACCACUUACCCUCAUCUACCUCAUGAUUGUCAUCAUCCCGUUGAUAUCGUUAACAUUGACGAGAACUCCCGCCGAUCCGGAUACCAUGCAAAAGGCAACGUGGCGCAAAUCGAAGGUGGACAGGAAUCUCUGUCUUUUUGUCUUUUGGUGCUACUGCUGCAAAUUCCUGCCAUCAAUUGGAAUCACGUUUGCCUUCACAUGCGCCUUCCUAGGACAUCCAUUUACCUUCCUGCCCGAUCAUGGGGACAGUUCGAGCGAUGAUGAGCAGCUGGUGAGAUAUUUCACCCUCUACGGCAUCAUUGUUCAUUUUGUUGUUAUCUCUUCGAGUUUUGUCCAUCGUGGUCAUCUGCUUUGGAGGCGAAAUCCCUUUUCAAACUCCAUGUGGGUUAUCUGCACAACAAUGAUUUUAACUCUCCACAGUGUCCUUUUGCUGGCCCAAGUUCUCAUGGAUGAAGAUGAUUUUGCGCCUAUUUUGGCAACAAAGUGGCCCAGUGUCGUCUUUCUCUUUGCCUCGACACUUGUCGUCUUGGGGAUUGUUGAACUCAUCAAGCGAGAGGAGAUCAAAGCCAACAAUCGAUACCAGAGGAGAGCAAGAUUGGAUUUUGGGACAAAAUUAGGGAUGAAUUCGCCCUUUUAAUUUUGGUAUUUUAUAGCGCCUUUUUGUGGCGAAGAAUUAAAGUGUUAGAGAGAUAUUUUAUAUUUCACGGAUAUUUUGCAAAAUGUGUCGUUUUUAAGGAAGAGAUCGAGAGUCUUUUUUCUUUUGGCCUUUUAUAGUUUAGUGAAGGAAAAGAAAAUAUCAUUGUCUCACCAAUUUUUUGCCAUCAAUAAAGGGGCGUGUGUGUAA